AUGGGAUCUGCUUCCCUUAAGGCUUUAAAACAAGUUGUGUCAAGGAAGUCUGGUUGUGUUUUACUUAACGACCCUCUUAUACUUAUUGAGGUAAUCGAUUGGAUCAAGAAAGCAAAGAGGAAAGAGUUUACAUUCAAGGUCGAUUUCGAGAAGGCAUUUGUUAGCCUUAGCUGGGAGUAUUUAGACUCUGUGCUGCAACAAAUGGAGUUUGGGACUAAAUUCCAAAGGUGGAUCCUAGUGUGCCUAUCUUCUGCAAGAGUUUCAGUGCUCAUAAAUGGGUCUGCAACAACAGAAUUUGGCAAGGAGCAAGGGGUUAGACAGGGGGACCCCCUAUCUUCCCUUCUAUUUAUUAUUGUAGCAGAGGGACUUCACUUGGCGAUGGAAAUGGCUAAAGAAAAGGGUCUAUUUCAGGGCAUUAAACUCCCUCGCGAUGGUCCAGUUAUAUCACACCUCCAAUGUGUAGAUGAUGUGAUUUUUAUGGGAUCUUGGUCGAUUGAGAAUGCAAAGAACUUGAUCAGAAUCCUAAGAUGCUUUGAGUUAUCAUCAGGACUCAAGAUGAACAUGUCGAAAAGCAAGAUAUUCCGUUUUGGGGUCCAAAUUUGCGAAUUGAAUUUGGUGGCUCGAAGCUUCAACUGUUCUGCGAAGUUAUCAAAGUGGAAAGCAAACACUUUGUCGUUUGGUGGCCGACUAACACUAUGCAAAUCUGUUUUAAGCAGUCUUGGUUCUUUCUAUUUCUCUUUAUUCAAGGAUCCAUCUAAAGUUAUUGAGAGUCUUGAGAAAAUUAGAAUGAGAUUCUUCUGGGAAGGAGAUAUGGCUUUGAAGAAGAAGGUAUCGAUUGCAUGGGAAAAAGCCCUUGCACCUAAAGACAAAGGAGGUCCGGGGAUUGGUAGUCUAAAUGCACAAAAUAUAGCUUUAAUGGGAAAGUGGUGGUGGAGAUUUAAGAAUUCAAACAAUAGUAUGUGGGCUGAGGUGAUUAAGUCAAUUUAUGGUCCAGAUGGUGGUUUCCUCGGACCCUUGGUUGCAAAGAGAAGGAGUGGGUGUUGGGGAUCAAUAGCUAACAUCCCUAAAGACUUGGAAAAAGAAAACGUGCUCUUCCUAGAACAUUUCAAGCUAGUACCCAAUAAUGGCAGUUCAACUCUUGCCGUUCAAAAAAAAGCAAUAUAA